GGAAACUGAAACUGUUCUCUCAGAACUGAGCAAGACAGCAAGCUGCUUACUAUGUUCAUAGCUCAGCCUCCACCUCAGAAAAUGUUCUCAGAUGCCAGUACAUGGGAGCAGAUGUUUCAAGAACUUAUCCAGGAGGAGAAACCCAGGGCCAAGUGGACCUUGCAGUUGGAUAAGAACAUUUUACCCGAUGGUAUGGCCCAGGGAUGGAGACAGUACCAGCAGACAGGAGUUGGCAGCUUCCAGUGUUCCAUAUGUGACAGACGUUGGGUUUCUGCCCAAGUGAAGAUACUUUACCACCUGCACUGGGAGCCUGGGCUGUCUCAGGGCCGGGUGCGCAUGAGGAUCUUCGCUCAGAGGUGCCAGAAGUGUAGGUCUGAAUUUGAGAAUCCUGAGUUCUCCACAGACAGCAUCCAAAGGAUUCUGGAGAACCUAGUUAGUUAUAUUUUGCGGAGAUACUAUAGACAUAGCUCGAAGAAGCCACCAUCAACCUUGUAUGAGAGGGUGCCGUUGGAUGGACCCCAUGACACAGCCAAUUGUGAGGCAUGCGCUCUGGGUUACCAUGGAAGGUGUGCCUUUGCAUAUGAAGCAAAGCCCCCCAGCCCCCCAUCUUCCCCACCAACGAGCUCCAGUUCUUCUGCACCAAAGAGCCACCACUUUCUGCUACACAGCUACGGUUUCUCCCCAGAAAAGAGCCACACUUCUUCCGCACCACUGAGCUCCAGUUCUGCACCAAAGAGCCACAGUUCUUCCCCAGAAAAGAGCCUCAGUGUUUCCCCAGCAAAGAGCCACAGUUCUUCACCUCAGACUUGGACUGCGUUUUUUGAGAAUGCGCAUAUUCCGGAACACAGAGAGCCCCAUAACACAGGGCUAUUAACGGCGUUGUUUCUUGCUGCACUUGCCUUGAUUCGUCUAUUCUUUAGAUAAUAGGCUUAUCAACUUGUUUUCAUUCUAUGGUUAUCAAUGAAGUGGAUGUCAUUUUAACACAUCAGUGAAUUGAUUUGAGAUCAAGUAAGGCCAUGUGUGUAGAAUAAACCUGGUUUCCUGGACAUGCUCUGAAAAUAACCUAAAACAUGACAAACACAUAAUGGACCCAAAACCAUAUUCAUAUUAAAUCACUGAACAGUUUGUAUUUGCUUGCUCAAUUAUUGUCAUUAAGCUAUAUUGAGUAAAUCUUGACAAGAACUAAUAAUCAUGAGUAUUAUUGUAAAUUUACUGUGAGAGACUGAAUAAUGUUCUCCCCCCCAAAAAUGUCCUUACCCCAAUAUUCUUACUGUAACCUCUAGAACUUGUGACUAUGCUACAGUAUUUGGAAGAAUGGAUUUUGUAGAUGUGAUUAAUUAAAAGAUUUUGAGAUAAA